UAAAAUUUGGCUUCGAACCUCUCUGGGGAAGAAGGCUGCCGUGCUGUGCCAUCGCCAUGUCUUUUCGGUUUUCGGGGGGAUCCAGGGUCUGUUCUCGAGCUGGGUCCGUCAGGCUGUCCAGAGGAGGGGCAGGCUUUGUGGCUGGGAAUGUGUGUGUUGGGCCUGGAGCCGAAGGCAGCUUUUCUUGCACCCUUGGGGGCAUCUCUUCUGGAGGAAGCUUUGCCAGCGAGGGGUCAGGUAGGGGAAAUAGCAUUGGCUUCCUUAACAAUGAGCCAGGACUCUUCUCUGGGAACGAGAAGGUGGCCAUGCAGAACCUCAAUGACCGUCUGGCAUUGUACCUGAACCAUGUGAGUGCCCUGGAGGAGGCCAACACUGACCUGGAAAAGAAGAUCGAGGGCUGGUAUGAGAAGGGUGGGCCUGGCAGCGGCCGUAGACUUGACCAUGACUGCAGCCGGUAUUUCUCAGUCAUUGAGGAUUUGAAACGACAGAUCCUGUCUAUGACCACCUGCAAUGCCAACCUUGUCCUUCAAAAUGACAAUGCCAGACUCACAGCUGAUGACUUCAAGAUGAAGUAUGAAAAUGAACUGGCUCUGCACCAGAGUGUUGAGGCUGACACCAACGGUCUUCGCAGAGUGUUGGACGAGCUGACGCUGUCGACCACCGACUUGGAAAUACAACGGGAGGCUCUGAGCGAGGAGCUGACGUACCUCCAAAAGAACCACGAGGAGGAAAUGGGAGUUCUGCAGAAUGCAUCAGGGGGGAACAUCAAUGUGGAGAUGAACGCAGCCCCCGGCGUGGAUCUAACCGCCAUGUUGAACAACAUGAGGGCCGAAUAUGAAGAUUUGGCUGAGCAGAACCGGAAAGAUGCAGAGGCCAGCUUUAAAGAGAAGAGUGCAUCACUGCAGCAACAGAUUUCAGAUGACGCGGGAGCAGCCACGGCAGCCAGAAAUGAGCUGAUGGAACUGAAACGCAACCUGCAGACUCUGGAGAUAGAGCUUCAAUCCAUCACGGCUAUGAAACAAUCCUACGAAAAUUCAUUGGCUGAGACGGAAGGGAAUUACUAUGCUCAACUCCAGCAAAUUCAGGAGCAGAUUGGGGCACGGGAGGAGCAGCUGCAACAAAUCCGAACAGAGACUGAAGGCCAGAAGCUGGAGCACGAGCAGCUGCUGGGCAUCAAAACCUGUUUAGAGAAGGAGAUUGGCACAUACUGCAACUUACUAGAUGGAGAGGAACAGAGAAGUGAAUCCACAAGUUACAAACCAAAGGAUAGCAAGCCUGCAAGUGAAUUCAAUGACUCAGCAGAAGAAACAUUUGCCAGAACAGUGGCUGAAGAGCUAGAUCAACUUGGCAACCUCCUGUCCCUGAGAGUGCACUCCGUGGAAGAAAAAUCCUCUAAGAUCAGCAAUAUCACCAUGGAGCAGCGGGUGCCUUCCAAAGCCCCAUAGUGAUGGCAAGAUCAUUCAUCAAACAAAAAAGCUGCCCCUGCAGAAUCCCUUAGGUCAAGUAGCGCAAGAAAAUCAUCCAUGCCUGUUCCUACAAGUCAAACGACUAGACUCAAGUUUCCUUUUCUUCUUCCUCUUCCUACAAUGUCUUGGGCGAUGCAAACGGAGGCACCAGGACACUUGGCUUUGACAGAGAAAGGAAUUUCAUGGACAGACAAUAUGAAGCAGAGUUGGAGAUUUAUUAAAAAGCCAUUUUUAACUUAGAUCUAAAGCACAGGGGUCGGUAGAGAGGUGUUUGGGACAGGGGUGAGACAUACCCAAGCAUCAGUGUGGGCUUCUCCUGGGAAAGUCACACUUAGGUAUCUUUAUCAAAGAUAUAUAUGGAAUUUUGGUACCUCUCAAGUUAUAUCUCUAAAGGUUACAGGAAACGGCCCUCUCAUUUCUUCAAUAUUGCUCGAAGGGUGCAGCUCAGAAGAAGGUUUAAACUUAAAAAUAGUUUCCUUCAGUAAACAGGUUGUAAGAUAGAUUGGCGGAGGUGUGGUUCAGACGAAGAAGUGUUAGAAACUCAGAGUAAUGUGUCAUGCUGGUCCUGAGGAAGUACGGUUUAGCUCGAUGGGUGUCUCUGGAGAAGUUUGUUUAUGUGUACUGUGUCUGUGGUAUACUACGUCGCAGGCCAUUUGGGCUGCACCGGACAUUUCUGAUGGGAUUUCUAAUGUUUCAGGUCUUUCUCAGGAGAAGAGUCGGGUCAGACUCUAGGAUGAAAGGCCUAAUGGUUUUCAUCCUUUUCUUCCCAUGUCACAAUAAAGUUCCUAUCUGUCUGCGCAGCCCAGUGCUAUGGUGAGCCUUUCCAAGAAAGGGGACAACCUCAGUAGCCUUUGAUUUUAUUUUGUGAACCUUUGUGCAUUCCAUAAAGAGCUCUUCUGUUGCUAAUUAGUUUUAAAUAUCUGCUUCUUUUCCAUGUCCACAGCUGAUCCCCAUAAGACUAUGCCAAGGAUGUAACAAGAAAACACAGUGCUUCACCUCAAUGUCACAUUUGCCUCGAUAACAAUAGAAAGGACACUGGUCCUAACCUUGGGUCCUAAAUCCCAGUUUGCUGUGUAAAUGACCUCUUUGAUCUUCUAUGGGUAUUAAUGUAUCCAUGGCUC